CUCUACGUAGGCAGCGUACUGGUUUUUAAAACACAGCCAGUUAGUAUUACAUGUAUCUGUUGUCGCCUCAUGUGAAGUAGAUCUCAAAUACACUCAGUUCAGAAGCCAAAAAGCUCCGUGUCGAACAGCUUUGACUGUCCCUAUUUUGCUGGCGACAUUGUAUAUUUUGCUGAAAUUAGUUUCAAUAAAAUGACUGAGCAAUCGGCCCUGCUUUUGCGAAAACAGCUAGCAGAGCUCAACAAAAACCCAGUGGAAGGUUUUUCUGCUGGUCUAAUUGAUGAUGAUGAUAUCUACCAGUGGGAGGUUGUUGUGAUCGGCCCACAGGACACUCUGUUUGAGGGUGGAUUUUUUAAGGCGAAUCUAAUUUUCCCUCAUGAUUACCCACUUCGGCCUCCCAAGAUGAAGUUUAUUACGGAGAUUUGGCAUCCUAAUGUUGCGAAGAAUGGAGAUGUGUGCAUUUCCAUCCUUCAUGAACCAGGAGAGGACAAAUUUGGCUAUGAAAAACCUGAGGAGCGUUGGCUCCCCAUCCAUACUGUAGAGACGAUCAUGAUUAGCGUGAUCUCCAUGUUAGCUGACCCCAAUGGUGACUCGCCAGCCAACGUGGAUGCAGCUAAAGAGUGGAGAGAAGAUCCCAAUGGUGAGUUCAAGAGGAAAGUUGCCCGCUGCGUGAGAAAAAGCCAAGAGAUGGCAUUCGACUAGGGGCCUCAUCACUGUUACGUUUAUUAGUACAUAUACUGUGGUAUCAGUUCCCAUCUUCAUAUCUUAGUCAAACUCGACAGAAAUUUCAGUUGGAUUUAUUUCUGUUUCUGUGUUGAUUUUAAAACCCAUUAAAAGCUCAUAUUAAUUUAACAGAUUCAACUGAUUUGGUGGAUCAGAUUUUCUGUGUGAUAAUGCUUCAUUGCGUAAAUCAAAUUCUAACAAUCCCUCCUCAGAUACAUCAACUACAAACGUUCAUAGAAAUUUUUAUUUCACUUUUCGACAGACUUUGCACCAGUUAUUUGGGGUUGCAGCACUUGGGGAGAUCAAAGCAAAGCAACCAUAGGAUAAUAAUUAGAUUUCCUCUGAAUGUGCCAAUUUUAGCACAUUUUGUUAUUGUCAAUUUACCCCCACCCUCUAGUGUGUCUGGAUUAUUUAUUAUCUUAAUUAUGAUGAAAUGUAUUGCAUGACACUUGUGUGUUUUGACUCGCUUUUUUAUCUGCCACUGAGCCAUCAAUUUUGAACAAAGUCUUUUAUGCAAUUCUGGAGUGUUUUGUGCAUUUAUGGUACCGGUAGAGGUUGACUGUCAGUCAACGUUGAUUUACUGUUCACUGACAUGUUGGACAGCCCUAUUCCCUUAAAAAAAACAAUACAAUAGGUGUCUCUCAACAAGGGCCAUCUCUUUCUCUGCUGCCUUAAGUUGUUCUCCUGUAAGAAAGGAAAAUUGUAUUCAGUGAUGUCAUUCACAAUGUCUAAUCCAUUUUUGAGCUGGAAUCCUCUUUUGGACAAACCAAAAAGUUAGAUAUUUGCAUGAGACAGAGAAUAUUUUUUGUAUUAAUAUUAAGCUCAAAAGCUGUAUUUUUUGUGUAUGUAAAUAUGAUGUAUUGUACCAUAGCUAUAUCAGUCGAGUCAUUUGUAUGUGAUGUUUCCCCCCCUCAUUUAUGGCUGUAGCCUCUUUUUGUUCACUUUCUGUUCCCCAAGGCCUCAUCAUGUAAUUGCUCAUUAAAAUGUAGCAUUUGUCUUACAUA